CGUAGAAACAUCAACCAAAACAUUCGCAUUUGGGAAAAGUUUGUGAGUUUGGAGCCUUUUAACAAGACGUUUAAGAUGUCAUCUCCGUCGGAUUCCUCUUCCUGCACAUCUGAAAGUGAUCUACAAAGUUUUACAGUUGACGAAGUGAUUGGGGAAUUGUCUGAAUUUGCGCCGAACGACGACAGUUGCGAACCCCUUGCUACCGAGGAAGAAGCCGCGGACUACAACGAAAGAGUUCAUCGCGAAGAAGAAGAGGAACAACAGUUUCAACGAAGAUAUUCGGGAGAGGUGCCAGCGAAUGAAUGGUAU